UGUGCCGCAGUAGCUCUCCUGCCAAGUGUAUGAUCGACGUUAAGAGUGGCGCCAAGUCCAUCAUCGUUGUUGUGAUGUCAGGCCAUCCUCAUUCAAUGCCGAGGCAAUCCCCUCAAUGAGGGGAAGCGCCACAUUUGACACAGAUCCAAUUGACCCGGCAUCUCAACCGUCAAUAAUAAAUCGACGCAGAAUACCAUUUAUUUUUGGCGCCGGUGCGGUCCUCAAUGGUAAACAAACUGCACUGGUGAUUGAUUAGCGUCAUACGAAGAUGAGCUCGAUCCUGUCAUCGCCCAGGGCCGUGCUAACGGUCCUCGUGCCCAUCCUCCUCGCGUAUCUAUACGGGCCCUCGAUACGUCGCGGCGCGACUGUGCUUGGCGCUUUCCGGACGCCGGAGAACACGCUGAUCGCGAGUCCGGACGACAUCGUCUUCAUCGAUGACACGGUCCACUGCGAGGACGUCCACUACUAUGCUCCCAGCCACAGCCUUUUCACGGCCUGUGAGGACUCUGAGGACACUCGGUUCGCCUGGUUCCCGCCCCUUGCGACCUUCACCGACCCCGCCUUGGGCGCAACGGCGAGGGGUUCCAUCCAUGUCGUCGACCCAGACACCAAGAAGUCUCGGAGGCUCAGCUUCGAGAACUUCGAUGGCCCGUUCAUCACCCACGGCAUCGACGUGAUCACGGACCCGGAGUCGAAAGACGGUAGUGCCGUCUACAUCUUCGCCGUGAACCACGUGCCGGGCCAGGAGUAUCUCGAUGUAAAGAAAGGCGACGACGACAACGACAAGGCAUCCAAGAUCGCCAACAAGGCCGCCUCGCGCAUCGAGAUCUUCCACCACACCCUAGGCUCCUCCUCGGCGCGCCACAUCCGCACCGUCCAGCACCCGCUGAUCGCGACCCCCAACGACAUCGUCGCCGUCAGCCCCACCUCCUUCUACGUCACCAACGACCACCACUACCGCGAGGGCCACCUGCGCCUGCUCGAGGACGUCUACUCGGGCGCGACCUGGUCGACCGUCAUCCACGUGCGCCUCCUCGCCGACUCCGACUCCCCGGCCGAGGCAUCCGUGGCCGUCUCGGGCCUGCACAACAACAACGGCCUCGGCCACGGCCGCACCCCCGACGAGAUCCUCGUCGGUAGCUGCUGCAGCGGCGUCUUGCACGUCGGCACCGUGCCUCCGCCUGGCUCCGGCGAGGCACCUAUCAGCCUGGGUGCGGGAGCUGUUAGCGUGGACUCCAUCAUUGAUAAUCCGAGCUACUUUUCCGAUCCAUUUGCUGGGUAUGGCGGUGGUGGUGAUGCGAGCGGCUUCGUCCUGCCGGGCUUGUCGAGGGCGGUGGACUUGCAGAAGACGUGCCGUGACCCGGCGGCGAUGGAGCCUAUCAUGGUGUGGUACGCUAGGCCGCCGGUUGCGACGACGGAGGGGGAUGGGGCCGGGAAAGUGGACGGCUGGGAGACGAGGCUGCUGUUUGAGGACGACGGGGAGAGGAUGAGGAGCGCGAGCGCGGCGGUGCUGAUUGCCAUUGACCCCGAGAAGGAGGGCGGGAAGCGCAAGGCUUGGCUUUUUGUGACGGGGUUCCUUUCGCGGAACAUGAUUGCUGUGAAGGUUGAUCUUUGAACAUUUGGGGGACGGUGGUUUGGAAACGGGGGGUGGGAAGGGAUCUUAACACGGGAUUAUGGAUGUAAGUAGCUGAACUGAACUUAUUUAAUGAUCGAGAGGAGGAUUUCAAUGUAGCUGUAUUUGUUACAAAAAGGGGGGGACGGGGAGGAAGAAAAAAGAGGAGAAAAUAAAAAGAGGAAACCCCCGUACAAUAGUGGUAUUACUGAACGAACCCUUCCGAAUACCAGCACCAGCUUCCGCCUCGUUGUCCUGCUAGAUUCACUAGUUCAAACUCGAGGUCAAGCUGUUUUCGCCGUG